GGAGGGCAUAGGUCACGUGGUCUACCUAUCUGACGACGCAUGCGCAGAGCGUCACACCGUCAACGGUUGACGCUGCUGCUGCCACCGGCAGAGAGAGUCGGCCUCCCGUUACCGUUCCGCCACGGAAACCUCCCCAAAACCGCCAUGUCGGGCUUUGACAGCAACCCCUUCGCGGACCCGGUGGACGUGAACCCCUUCCAGGUGACCAGCAGAGGGGAGGACACCGUCGGGGAGUUCAACCCUUUCUCUGCAGCUACAGGGGGAAACCACUCGGGGACGACCAUCCCCGUCUCCACCACGUCCUCACAGCCCGCCAUCCUGCACACCUCUGUGGAGCAGAGCACUCAGGCGACGGCAGCGGCUGCCCAGGCGAACCUGAUAAAACAGCAGGAGGAGCUGGAGAGGAAAGCAGCCGAACUGGAGCGAAAGGAGCAGGAGCUCCAAAAGAACUUAACUUCCUCAGCGCUCUUUAAUGACUUUGAGGAGGAAAUUCCUGAAGACUACCGCCGACUCUGCAAGAGGAUUGCCACUCUCUUCCUGAACGUGCUGGCCUGCCUGGCUUACUUCACCGCGGACUCUCAGUACGGGGUGGACUUCGGCCUGUCCAUCCUUUGUGGGUGGAUCUCAUCAAUCAGCAUGAUCAGAACAAACCUGGCGGUGGCCGUGGUCAUGAUGGUCGUGGCCGGUUUCUUCACUGUGCAUGGCAAGUACAGACGGACGGGCGCCAGCUUCACUAAGGCUCAGCAGGAGUUUUCCCAGGGAGUCCUGACCAACCGCAGCUUCCAGAGCGCAGCAGCCACUGCGGCCACCUCCGCCGCCCAGGGAUCCUUCGGGGGGAACCAGGGGAACUAGAAACUAAACUAAACCCCCCGCAUGCACCCAGAGCCUCGGGCUAAAAUCCUCCCUGACCAGGAAACCAAACGAGAAAUUUGCCCCAACGUUAUUCUGUGGUCUAAGGAGAGUUUUGGUUGAUUUAUUUAAAAGAAAAUGUCUAAAGCAAGAAGUAACUCACUAUAGAAACACUAUAAAAACAAAGUAAAAAGUC